CGGCGCCUGAUGGUUGGCGCGAGCCGCCCGUUGGGUUUGAAUCCGCGGCGCGCGCGGCUACAGCGGUUCCUAUAGAGACUGAGUUCGCUUAAUGGAGACGGUGAGGGAGCGGAGACUCCCGGUUAAUGGAGACGGCGAGGGAGGGGAGGCUCCCGGUUAAUGGAGACGUUUGGAAAUAUCACCUACUGAAAUAAGGAUCCCAUAUCGUUCAAAGUAUGUACUAUCGUGGUACAUCAUGGUGAAAAUAAAGUCCACACAUAUUGGAGGGAUUAUACUGUUGUGUCUGCUGCAGGAGAUCCGCACAAAUUGAUGGUUUAACAUCAUGUCUACUGAAGCAAAUCCCCACACAAUAGACAUCAUGCAAACCUGUGUUUGCUGAAUUGAGGUCCUACAAAUGGAGCUGCUGUGGUAUUGUAUCUGCUGAGAGAGAUCCCCACAUAUUGAUGUUGCAUUGCCCUAUCUACUGAAGUGGGGUCCCAACAUAUCGGAAGUAACGGACUCUUGUGACAACUGAACGAGUUAUCAUAUUGGAGGUGAUAUGUUGUUGUUUCUGCUGAAGAAGUCUCAUUGGGAUGAUUUGCUGUCACGUGAGACCUUACUACAUCAAUAACUUGAGAAAGUACUUGCAAUUCAUUUUUACAAAACAUCUUCCUUUAAGAGCUUUGUUUGAAUCACCAGUUUAAACGUUUCUCCUCCGAAUAACGGUCUAUUUCAAAGCAGUCAGCUAUUUAUAAUGGAGCUGGAAUCCAUUAAAAAGACUGUGAAUGUAACAACUUUAACAGGCGAGGUGAUCUCUUUUAUUAUGUCCAAGGAAAAACACCCUGGUGGGAAAAAUGAUGCAGUACUGAUGUUCAAAAGGAUGACAUUUGAUUCAGAGACAGGAAAAUUCAUCCAGAAAUUUUCAGGAAAAUUCAACCCUAAUCAAGGAAGUUCUUUCUUGCAAAUCGUUACCUGUUGUUGUGCGAUUGAUUCAAGAACAGGGCAAAAUGCACCUUGCAUUUUGCUUAAGAAACAUAAAAAGGCCCAUUCUAAAUUUGGAUAUAGUUUACUUAUGCUGCACAGUUCAAAUGAAAUUGAACAUUGUUUGGACUUUGAACUGGAAUAUGAAAUGAAGGAGAAUGUGACCCUGUUGGCUGGGCCCCGUGUUUUCUGGAGUUCUGGUGACCAAGUACAUUAUGUAUCUUGUGAAACUAAAGAAAUUUUGAACAUUCCCAUUUCAUUUACUGUAGUUAAAUGGAUUGGAGAGAUUUUUAAUGAGGACGUAAUUGUGCUGGGAGUAAGAAGAACUGUUGGACCUGUAAAAAAUGACGAAACCUCUGUUUGUCAUGCUGAUAAACUGAUCUGGGGUAGUGAAUUUGUCACUUAUUCCUUACAAAAGAAGGAAAACUUCUGCAGCUAUCAUGUCAUCCCACAUGCUUACAGCUCUGUAGUUACAAACAUACUUAUUUGUCCUUUUGAAGAAAUAAACAAUCAACUAAAGACUACAGUUGUAGCAAGCACUUGUAAGAAGCAACUGGUUUUGUUCGAAAACUGUGUCCCCAAGAAUGUCUGCCAGCUUCCUUUUGAAGAGACCUCUGAAAUAAAAAUGGUCACAACUGGCAGAGAGAAUUGUCUCUUCCUUGUAUCUUCUAAGGCUGGACAUGUUUGUGCUGUCUCAAAGGAAAGUUGGCAGAUUGCUGUUGUUUGGCAGAAGAUAUGGUCAGUACAAUUGGAUGACUUCUUAGGCAGAGGGACGGAGCAAAUCUUGUUGCUCUCUAUGGCAGCUUCCACUGUUGAAGACUGCUUCAAAGAUUUUGUAUUAACUGAUCUUGGUGAAUUCAGAUACACAGUUAACUCUGGGCAUGCUGAAGAUAAAGGAGUGCGAACUAAUGACGCAGCACAUGUAAACUAUCACCACACAAUCCAAGCCUUGGAGGCAAGAUUACAGUCAGGCCUGGCCUCUCUUGAAGAACUGCAACAACUAUUAAGAGCCAAAGAGAGAGUUUUACUUCAGUCUUCAAAGGCUCUAACAAAUCUUAUUGAAGGAAAGCAGUCCACUUUACCCAGUGCUGAAGAGGAAGGUUUGGUAUCACUUUGGCAUGAGGAGGAGCCUGUCCUAAAGCUUCUUGUUGAAGAGGCUUGUCCUACCAAUCAAGCGUUAAACCAUCCAGUGCAGAGGGUCUGGCAACGUGUAGUGGAUGGCAUCUGGAUAGUGGGAGUACAAUUAUCUGAAUCUGUCAGCUUAAAUUUUGACUGUGUGAGUUUGUCGCUGGUGAUGGAUCAUGACCUCUUUAAUGCUGCUCCAGUGCUUCAGUCUCAAAGUAGAGUAUUGAAGCUAAACAAAUCUCAAGCUUUGCCAUCAUUUCCCAAGUAUCCAACAGAACCUCCAUUAAAGAAGCCGAGACUGGAGAUGAAAGACGUACACAAUUUGAGCAGCUGCUGUAAGGAAGACCUGUGUUUUCAGAUUGACAAAGAUCUUACGCAGACCAUCACAGUUGUCACAAACCUGUCCCCGCUACUGGCAUACAAUAAUAUCCACUGCUCUGUAUUAUUACACUGCACAAUGACUCCUAUUCAGAAAACUGAAUUAACAAAAAGAGAGAUGAUCAUACCAUGUGGGAGAGUAUAUUUAAACCUGGAGGACAUAUGGAAUGAAAAGUAUGCAAUAAACUUGUUGUGGAAUCCUUUGCUGAGUACAGAUAAUGCAGUAGAAGAUUUUUAUACCACCGUGGCUAUCUCUCGAAGGUCAUCCUUCAAAAUAUUUUCCCCUAAUUACACUCUGGCUCAGGUGAAAGAAUGGCUGUUGGGUCCAAUGCAAUGUGCCCCAUUGAAGAUCUGCCCAAAGUAUCUGCUGUGCUCCAAAAGGGGACCUCUGCAGAGUAUGCUUCUUAACUGGUAUCCACAAAAUCCUUUUAAAGGGAUUUUAAUAGUUCUUUGCAGAAAUCAAUCAUCUUUGCUGAUGUUCCUUCAUGGCCUCAUCAGAGUCCUUCCACAGGGUUGUGUGAUAACACACAUGAGUACUGGGACUGAAGACCGAAUUGCAGACAUUUUGGGAUGUGCCCUUGAGCAAGAGACUCUGGCCUUCAGAAACAUCAUCACUUCUGCUAUCUCAGAAACUGAGAAUGAGUUCACUGUAAGAGCCAAAACAGAGAGAAAACAGAACAUUUUGCCUAGUACUCCCUUAUUAGAUAGUGAGGAAGGGAUACAGGAGUACCGAGAGAAGUUUCAAAUUGAACAAGAGCAAAGUACUUUGGGGAUGCACCUGUCAAUUACAGGUUUUCACUAUAGAGAAAUUACAAAGAAAUUGACUGAUAUGCAAUUAAACACUGAUAGCUCUGCAUGGAGACUCAGUAGAUUCCACAGUUCAGUUUGUAUUUAAUAAUUAAGGUCUAAUUUCCAUGAAUUCAUCAGAGAAGCUAAUUUGAUUGGACAGAAAGAGCUUCUUUCUUUGAUCCUUCCCUUUUUUAACCUCCCUUGGCAUGUCCGUAAUAAAACACUUCAUACUGGCACCAAAGCAAUUCUUACCCUUUUAUGUGGACCUACAGAUGUUGCAGAAUACAGUACAAGGCAAAUUCCUCUGUUUUGUUUCUGUGGGAUGAAAACUUAAAGUUUCAAUGAUUAUCAAGAAAAAAAAACAGUUGUAUUUAAAAUUGUAUUCCAAAAAUUAAUAUUUUGUAGUUCCAUAAAUAUCAUUUGCAUCAGUUAUAAAUUAUGUAUGUAGCCAUAAUGUA